AUGUCUCAAUUAUCAAUAUCACCAAGUCCAAGACAUUCAAAUUCAUAUCAUCAUCAUUCACAUUCACAUCAUCAAUUACCAUCAAAUAAUAGUCCAACAUCAACAAUCAGUGAUGAUGAUGAUGAUAUUGAUGAUGAUGAUAUUGAUGAUAUUGGUGGUGGUGAUUUAAGUAAUCAUUCAGAUUCACCAAAUGAUCUCAGAACUGCACACAAAUCAUCUCGACAUGGUGGCAGUGUAUUUGGCAACAACAAUGGUAAUGGAUCACCAUUAACUGGUGGUGGUGGUUAUCAUUCAUUUUAUUCACCACCACAUCAAUCAUCAAAUAAUAAUCAUAAUCAUAAUAGUGGUGGAUCAAAUAAUUCAAAUCAACAACCACAAUAUAUUGCAACAAAUGAAUGUCGCCUGAUUGAUUAUCGUGGACAUCGUAUUGCAGCAUUUCUAGCUGCUAAUCGUCAAGGAGAAUAUCUCCUAUGUUUACCACAAGCAUUUGAAUUAUUUUUAAAACAUUUAGUUGGUGGUCUACAUACGGUUUAUACUAAACUUAAGCGUUUAGAUAUUGUACCAAUCGUAUGUAAUGUUGAACAAGUAAGAAUUUUACGUGGUUUAGGAGCAAUACAACCCGGUGUUAAUCGUUGUAAAUUAUUAUCAACACAUGAUUUUGAUACACUUUAUAAAGAUUGUACAACUGCUCGUUGGCCUGGUCGUCCACCAAAACGUAGUUCAGGAAUACCAAGUCCAGAACCAGGAAAUUAUUCUGGUUCCAUUUCAGGAUCGCAUUUAAAUUCAUCAUCAACGCCAACAACAACAACAGGAACAUCACAACAACAACAAGCGGCAAAUAAUUUAUUACCAUUAUUAGGUUUUACAAAUGCAGCAGCAGCCGCUGCUGCAAUAUCAAAUAAUAAUAAUAAUAAUUCAUCAAAUAAUAAUGAAAAUGUAACGAAUAAUAAAAAAGCAAGAUAUUCAUCUAACGCAAAUGGUUUAGAUUGCGAUUAUGUUAAACGUACUUAUAAUAAAAAACAUACAAAUCGAACAUCAUCACUUUAUGAUUCAAUACAAUCGAUUCAUAAUCGAUUACGUUUAUCGGAUUUAGAUUUAAAUAAACAAUUAAAUAAUAGCAAUGUAAAUAAUAAUAAUAAUGCAGCAGCAGCAGCGGCUGCUGCUGCUGCAAAUUCUGCUGCAACAGCGGCAGCAAUGUUGGCCGCAAAUGGUUAUCAAGCUGCAUUUCCAUUCUUGCAACAUUUAAGUGCAGCAGCCGCUGCACAGCAACAACAACAAAAUUCAUUAUCUUCUUCGACAAAUCAUCAGACAUCGACAACAACAUUAUCAUCAAGAGAACAACGUGAACGUGAACGUGAACAACAAAUUGUAGCAGCUGCAGCAGCACUUGGAUUACCCACACCAUUAUCAUCAUUAUCAUCAUCAUCAUCAUCAUCAUCAGCAGCAACAGCAGCAGCAGCAACAUCGACAACAUCAUCAACAAAUAGAUUCAGUAAUAAUAAUAAUAGUGGUAGUCCAACACCAUCAGGUAUAACUUCACAUCAUCAUCAUCAUCAUCAACAGCAACAUUAUUCAUCAUCAUCACCAUCAUCGUCGACUGCACCAACAGGAACAGGAAUAAGUGGAAAUAGUGCAUUUGGUGGUUUAUCUUCAUUGAAUAAUAAUAAUGGAAAUCGUAAUCUUGAUGGUAUUGUUUCGAAUUUAUCACCAACAAUAUCAUCAUCAUCAUCAACAACAGCAGCAGCAGUAACAACAACAACAGCAUCGGCAAUUCCUGGAUCGAUAUUGGAUAAUCAACAACAACAACAAGCGAUUGCAGCAGCGGCUGCGGCAGCUGCAGCCGCUGCUGAUUUUAAUCCAACAGCAGCAUAUUUAUGGCUUUUAUCGCAACAACAACAACAACAACAGCAGCAAUUGCAGCAUUUACCUGCAAAUGCUGCAGCAGCAGCAGCUGCUGCUGCUGCUGCAUUAAAUCUUACUAAUCGUAAUUCUUCAUUGACCACCACCAACGCCGCCGGUAUCGAUAGUUUACAAGCAGCAGCUAAUAAUUUUUUCAAUGGAACUUCUUCAUUAUUUGAUACGAAAAAUAAUUCUGGAAACAACAAUGGAAAUUCAACAAUAUCAUUGAAUGGAGAUGGUAAUGGUGGUAGUAUUGGUGAUUUGAUUAAUGAAAAAUCACAACAAUUGAUUGCCAAUGAUGAAGAUGCCGAUACAACCGAUAAUGAUGAGGAUGAUAAUAAUCGAAACGAUGGUAGAAUUAGAGAUAGAGAUGAUAAUGAUAUCGAUAGUAAUCAUAGUGUUCAACAGCCACAGCAGCAACAACAACAACAACCGGAACAUUGUUUGGAAACAUUAUUACGAAAUAUUGAAGGUUUAUUAGCAAUUGCAGCACAUAAUGCUAGACAACAGCAAGCACAACUUCAACUGCAAAAAGCUGAAAUACGUAAUGAAUAUUCAAAUCAAUUGGAUCGUGAACGUGAACUGCGUGAACAUGUUGAAAAACAAUUGAAUGAAGAGCAAAAAAUUCGAGUUAUCUAUCAAAAACGUUUCAAAAAAGAACGUAAACUUCGUCGUAAAUUAGAAAAUGAACUUCAACAUCAACAACAUG